GCCCGAUUCCUAUUAGUAUGUAGUCUAAUUACAUCUAGAUUACGUAGUUUGUGCGUGACAUUAGGGUUUGUUAUAUGAAUUUUAGUAAUUGCUGCUUUCUUUUGACCUGCAUUGUCCCAUCUGCUGUCUCUGUCGCAUACAUUAAUAUGAGCUCAAGUUUUACGUGGCUUUUGAUGUUCCAGAGGUUCAUGUUGCAUAAAAUUAUCAGUACAGUUCUGAACGUAGCUUUUCUUCGAGGGUUGCCUUGCUUUCGCUUCGAAUUUUCGGUUUCUCUUGCGUGGUUUUCUCUUUAUAAUUCUUCCAGUGAAUUGCACAAUUGGUGGAGGAUCUUUAAAUUUUACUUGUAGGAUUUUGGCAUUGAUGUUACAAUUACGCAUAACCUUGCCGCAGUCCCUGUUGUGUGUUUUUUUCAAGUUGAUUCAGCAAAUUACUACUACUGAUUUUAUGAAUUACGCACCCUUCAUCGCCCAUCUGCAUUCUUCUACAAAAAAAUCUUUAACUGAAUUUUGAGAUAACCACCGAGAAAUUCUACCACUACUAUGAGGUCCAUUCUUGUAAGCAAUCAAUCUUAAUAACAGUGGAUGUCUAGAAUUAUAUGAGUUUCUAUUUAUGGAUAAUUGUCACCGAUGAUGUUUUGGCUACUUCCCCAGUGUGUUACGCAAGACUUUACCGGGAAUGAAGCGGCUAUACAAGUAUCAAUAGAGCUUCGUUCACAUGCAUGUACGAUAGGAUUCGGGCUUAUUGAUUAUGUCAUCAGCGCGACGGUACAGAUGUGCGAAAGAAUAAUAGCUCUAAACGGACAGGGCAAGCCAGAGGACACAGCGGAGGCGAAGCCAUUGGAUACAGUAACAAAGAGCAGCAACAGGGUUAUUUGCAUUUGGCUCUCUCUAUUAUCUCCGCUUUUUGUCGUUUUCCGGAGCUUGCAGCGAUGGAUGAAACCAUCAGUAAAGUUCCUUGAAACUUUAGCAAGCAGGGAGGAUGAAGUGGCCGCUGGAGACUCUUUGGAGCGCUUGCUUGCCACAGGCCCAGCAUCAGACAAGGGAUUGGAAACUCUAUCGCGGAAAAAAGUCUUGACUACAGUGGUACGCCGUUUGAGCGAGGCACCACCAAGUACUGUAUCUUUAUCUUAUGCAAAUUGGAUACCUGUAGCUGUCAGGUUAUUAUUGUUUAUGUUCACUACCACGGGAGCUGUGCAGGAGAUCAUGGAGUGCUCAAAAGAACUGGCAACCACGGUUCCCAAUGUAGCAAGGCAGUUAGCUGUUCAGCAAGAUGUCUUCAAGUUUGAAGCAAUGUCUCUGCUUCACUGUUUUCUUGCAUCGGAAUAUUUGGCUCAUGAGAACCGAGUCCCUGCUUUGUAUUAUAUUUCACUAAUCGAGGAAAGACGAGAUGGGACACAUCUAAAGUAUGGACUCGCUUGUCGUUCUGCCCCAGCUCUCUCUCCAAGACUGAGAAUUGAAACCGCAGUACUUUUGAAUGAAGUUGCAAGGAAAACAUUUGAUUCUGGAGGAGGCGAAACUGCUCAAGUUGCUGAGUCUGCUGGCAACCAGCAGGGACUGGCUACUUAUUUCGCUCUCUUGGAACAUAUCAUCAUUGUUGUCGUUGAACAGCAAGAUAAGCUGAUGGAGUCUACGAUGGAAAAAGCUGUUGCUGCGUUAACCGAAGUUGUAGGUUUGAUUGUUGAGUUUCUUGAGGAUGCUCAGGUUGGCACUGUACGGUUGCUGGGAAGGUAUUUGGCGGAAACUCCUCUUGCCCACCAAAAUCGGGUAUACAAGUUACUUAAAUUCCUGCUCUCUGUUACCAGAGAAGGGCAGAAUGGAUCUUUGGAAGCUGUCAGCUUCAUGUUACCUGCCUUGUCACAGAUUACUACAGAGCUUGAUGGUUGCAAAGCUCUGGUUCUUUCUGGAGCUCAUCAGCAGAUUGUUCAGUUUGUGCGUAUAGCAACGGAAACAAGAGGCUUCGAAUGUCGUGCUGCAAUAAUUGAUGCUUGUGAUACACUUUUGAACCUGCUUAUCAAGGAUGGCUUGGGUAGAUCUAUCAAGGUUACGGACUUCAUUCCUGCAGUGCCUUCUCUUGCCAACUGGGCAGUUCAAGGAAAGCAGGUGAUGGAGUGUGCAUUGGCGGCAAGUCUAUGCACUAUGGUUCUUGGUUUGACCAAUGAAAAUGCCCUCUCUCAGUAUCCCGGGUUUGGUCCUGCUGUUCUGCAUACUGUUUUUGCAUUGAUAUUGAUGAAUCUGGAGCGAUGCCAAAAGGCAGAAAGGUUAGAGGAAUCUGCCGAAGAGGAAGACUUGUGGGAUAUUAUUGUUACAGGAUGUUCACAAUGCAUGCAUCGUUACCCUUCUUUCAAAAACAUGAUAAAGGGUUCAACGUGGCUGCAACGCUUCUUGGGAAAGCGGUUUGACAACUGCGAACAGGUUGCACCGUACCCGCCUUCUGUCGUAACCUUUAGUUCAUGAAGCGAAUCGUCGUACAAUUUCAAGCAUAAACUCUUGAGUUUUGAUGUCUAAAUUUACUUCGGUUAUUCCUUUGGAAGACCUGUCACAGCAACAAUGGAGGAAGUGACAAGAAAUCGAUCGCUUCAGAUGUUGCUGGCGAGCAUAUUCACCCCUUAAAAAUGUUAGGAAGGCGGUAGGCAUCACCCAUUUGUGAAUGUAAUGAGAGAAUUGAUCCAGUUGUCCAGUCGCUGGUCAGUACGUUCCAUCUACAAUUUAGCCAGGUACUCGAAGAAUUUCUUACUGUACACAGAACCGUACAAAAAUUUGCUCCUUAUAUGGUGUUGUAAAGAAAGUUGUGGCAGUACUGGAGUCCCCAAGUAACCUUCAUGAUAGCACACCCAUAUGUUCAAACCAUACGGUUACAGAUAUUGUUGGAAGUUUCCACUUCCGCGUAUAACUGAGAAAUUUCGUAAAGACAAACUGGUUGUUGUUCCGUCAAAAUGAUAGGCGCACUGUGGUUCAGCGGUGUUUGGUCUUUAAUCUCUGAGUAGAUGAUCAUGAUAUUUCAGUUGCUAUCCAGUCAGUGCUUAGCGAGUUUUGAGACCCGAAAGCGGCCUGUAGGAAUGCUACCUACUUGGUGUGCUGUUUGCAAGUUGAUUGUAACUUCUUCAAUACCAUCUUCCCUCACAAUCAA